CUUGACUAGUAAAUAAAUUUGACUGGAUAAAAUAACCGGUUAUAACCGGUAACCCUUUAACCGGUGUUCUUACUAUAAGAACCACCUUAAACAAGUCGUCUCUCUACACUUGCUUCAUUCAUUUCUCAAACCGUUUAUCCCUCCUCCGUCGUCUCUGCAGAAUCACUCUCUCGCCGGAGUUUUUCACCUGCAGAGCUCUCGAUUUUUCUCUCGAGCAUCAUCAUUCUCUUCGGAUCAAUCACCAGCGGAUAGAGAGAUGGCGUCGAGAAACUCCGUCACCGGAUUCGCGUUGUUCAGUUUUGUAUUCGCCGUCAUCUUGUCUCUCGCCGGCGCUCAAUCCCUAGCUCCAGCUCCUGCUCCCACCAGCGAUGGAACAUCGAUAGAUCAAGGGAUAGCGUACUUGCUAAUGGUGGUGGCGUUAGUGCUGACUUACCUAAUUCAUCCUCUUGAUGCUUCUUCUUCCUACUCCUUCUUCUAAUCUCUCUUUCUUUCUUUCAUCAGUUUUUUUUUUUUUUUGCAACUUGUUCUUAGUUUCAAUUUGCCUUUUUUCUUGUGGAUAAAAUUUUCAGAGUCUCGAUUAUGAUUUCUGGAGAUUGAUGAUAGUCUCUAUUGUUUGUUUCCCCAUCACUCUAUCUGUUUAUUCCCUUCCAUAUUAAUUUAUUCUUCUUCAUUAUAGUA